GGGUUUUAAGAAAGCCGGAACUCAACUGCGACGGCGUCACCCAGACACUAAAAGAAUGCAGCAGAGCAGCCAGCUCCAGCAAUAACAAACGAGACCGACUGACUAUUGCAGCCCGGAAAGGAUUCAUUGGUCUUACAACAUUUGCUGAUUUCACCAUGCCUAAAGACAGCCGUGCCAGACGGGAGCGGAUGCGGGAGGCAAAGCGCCGUGCACGUGCAGCUGAGUCAGAGGAAGCACGAGAUGCUCGCCGAGCUCGGGAUCGGGUAAGCCACCGCCUUGCGCGAGAGAAGGAAACAUUACUGAUGCGAUUGCUGCGCCAGGCAGAUGAUCGCCUGCGUCACAAACGUAUGCGAGAUGAGGAGACCCCUGAGCAGCGCACAGAGCGCCGGGCACAUGAUCGUCAACGCCACCAAUGCAGGCGAGAUGAGGAGACCCCCGAGCAGCGAGUGACACACCAGGUACACGACCGGCAACUUCAGCAACACAUACGAGAUGAGGAGACCCCUGCGCAGCGAGCAGAGCACCAGAUGCAUAACUUUCAAGGUCACAAAUGCACAGGAUUGGCCUGGCACCAUCAGGAAAUGCUUUGUGCACAACUGGAAAAGGUAUACCAUGACAAUUGCAAUUUUACCUGGUAUGAUGAUACUGACUUCUUUCUAGAAGCACUUCAUGGUGAUUGCAGACAGACGCUAGAGAUCCACCCACAGGUCAGUGAGCUGCUGCUACAGCAACAGUGUGACAUUAAGGUGGAACAAGUUCCCAUCAUUGAGGAAACAAAGGUCCACCCACAGGUCAGAGAGGUGGUGCAGCAACAGCGUGACAUUAAGGUAGAGCAGGUUCCCAUCCUGGAGGAAACAAAGAUCCACCCACAGGUCAAAGAGCUGCCACUGCCGCAGCAGCACGACAUUAAGGUGGAGCAGGUUCCCAUCCUGGAGGAAACGGGAAUCUAUCCAGAAAUCAACCCAGGGAUCAAAGAGGAGCAGACAGAUCAGUGUAUCAGUCCAGACUUGGAGGCUUAUACUUCCAACAAUGCUGGAGUCAAACAUGUUAAGUCAGAGCCAACCACUGAUUGAGCUCCUCCUAUCUUCCAAUGCUGUAACAGUGAGUCUAAAUGUUAGUAAAGACGGCAAAUGGAAUGAAAGUGACGACUCAUCAGAGUGAUGUCAUUGAAGUAAUUGUAUAACUGGAGCAGCCGGAGAGAAGAAAACUCAUGCCAUACUUGUGGCAAAAGUUUUAAGAGGGACUCUUAUAUGAGAAGGCAUAUAGACGAGUCACAAAGGGCACAAGGCUUUUAAAUGCCAGACGUUUGACAAAUUGUAUAAGCUAGUCUAACUUUAAAUGUGGGAAUUUCUGUCCGUCUGUCCUCUGAUUCUCUGGAGAGCCAUUCUUCCAAUCAACUUCAAACGCAUAUUGUUGAGGACUCAAGGAAGUGCAGUGUCAACUGUGAAGUUUUUUUGGAUGAGUGGUUCUAGAGAAACUUCAAAAGAGAAACAUUAAACGACAGUCUGUGACCAAGUCAGGGCUGGCGUAGUGCAUGGUAAACGGUGCAUUGCAAAGAUGGCUGCACCCAGUCAAAGCAUGGAUUCCUUAGUAAACAAGCCUGCAACUGUAAAACCUUGUCACAACCUAUGGAAGCCUUGUCAAGUAUGGAAGUAUUCUAGACGGAGACCUAAACUGGAAAUGGCUGAUCAUAGCAGUACAACUUGUACACACGGCCAUUGAAGUGAAGGCAUUCUAGAGCACUUUUUUAAGAUGCAGUGACAGCAUGAUAGCACCUUUUUAUACCUCAGGCAGAACAAGUACUUUAUGCACUACUGCUCUUAUGUUAACAUAACAUUACUAUGCAUCGUCUAACAUUGUUAUUUGACCAUUGUACAUCUUCUGUUUCUUUUAAUGGGCAUGUAUGAGUGACAAAAUGGCUUAAACUAACAGUACAAACUGUUGUUAUAGUAAAUAUAGUAAAUAUUUUCCUUGCUGAUACAAAAAAACAUUCUUCAGUGAUUUUCUGAACUGCAUAUUACUCCAAUGAUUAAAUAAAUCCAUGUCAAACCCA